AUGAAAAUUAUUUAUAAAUUUACUCAACAAGUUCUUUAUCAGAAUAAGCAAUAUUCAAUUCUUAAACCAUCAUAAUUAUCUAUACCAAAAGAAGCAUUCAUUGCUAAAAUAACUAAUAAAGAUGGUACUACAUCUUUACAUGAUCUCAAUAGAGAAUUAAAAUAAGAUUGCACUAUUGAAUUUUUAGAUUUCACUAAUUAAGAUGCUAGAAGAGUCUUUUGGCAUUCAAGUGCUCAUGUUUUAGGAGCUAUUUUAAGUAAAUUUGGAGCUGAAUUAGAAUUUGGACCAUCAACUGAAAAUGGGUAAAAUUAUUAUAUAUAUCAUACCUAUUAGAUUUUACUAUCAAUGUAAAAUGGAUAAGGAAAUUGAAUUAGAUUAAUUAAAUUAAGAAAUUGAAUAAUAUUUGAAAUAGAAAAAGCAUCUUUUUGAAAUUCAUAAUAUAUCAUAUGAUGAAGCAUUAUAAUUAUUCAACAAAAAUUCAUAUAAAUUAAGUAAGAUUAAAUAGACAGCAUUAUAAAAUUAUUAGAUUUAUAAAUUAGAUGAUUUUAUAGAUUUAUGUAAAGGUCCUCAUAUUGAUCAUACAAAUCGUAUUUAUAAAUUAAUAAUUAAUCAUUCAUAACCUUACUAAAAUAGUUAUAGAUAUUAAGGUAUUGCAUUUCCAAAUUCCAAAUUAUAUUAAGAAUAUCAAAAUUAGUAAGAAUGUGAUCAUAGACAUAUUGGAAAACAUCAACAUUUAUUUGUAUUUAAUAAAUUAGCUCCUGGAAGUGCAUUCUUUUUACCUCAUGGAACAAAGAUUUAUAAUAAGUUAAUAGAUAUGAUUCGUAAAGAAUAUAGAGAAAGAGGAUAUUAAGAGGUCAUUACACCAUAAUUAUUUCAUAAAGAUUUAUGGAAAUAAUCUGGUCAUUUAGAUAAAUAUGCAGAUAAUAUUUAUAUGACUCAUGAUAAUUAAAUGGGAUUGAAACCUAUGAAUUGUCCUGGUCAUUGUUUAUUAUAUAAAACAUUAUAACAUAGUUAUAAAGAAUUACCAAUUAGAUUUGCUGAUUUUGGUAUAUUACAUAGAAAUGAAGUACACGGUACAUUAACUGGAUUAACAAGAGUACGUAAAUUUACAUAAGAUGAUGCUCAUAUAUUUUGUACAAUUGAACAAAUACAAUAAGAAAUUAAAAAUACAUUAGACUUUUUGAGUAAAGUAUAUGGUCGUUUUGGAUUUACUUGGGAAUUAACUUUAUCAACUAGACCAGAUAAAUUUAUAGGUGAUUUACAAAUAUGGGAUGAAGCUGAAAAAUAAUUAAGAAUUGCAUUAUCUGAUACACCAUAUACAGAAAAUCCUGGAGAUGGUGCAUUUUAUGGUCCAAAGAUAGAUGUUUUAAUAAGAGAUCAUAAUAAAAAAUAACAUUAAUGUGGUACAAUUCAAUUAGAUUUCAAUUUACCAGAAAGAUUUGAUCUUACAUAUCAUCAUGAAAAUGAUAAAUUUUCAAGACCAGUAAUGAUUCAUAGGGCUAUUCUGGGUUCUAUAGAAAGAAUGAUGGCUAUAUUAACUGAGUAAUAUAAUGGGAAAUGGCCAUUUUGGUUAUCUCCAAGAUAAGUAUUGAUAAUUCCUGUAAGUGAAAUUUCAAAAUCUUAUGCAAAAGAAAUUUAUGAUUAAUUAUAUAAAUUAGAAUUUGAAGUGGAAUUGGAGGAUACUGAAUAGACUUUGAGUAAGAGAAUAAGAAAGGGAGAGAUGUUACAUUUCAAUUAUAUUUUAACUGUUGGAGCUAAAGAACAAGAAUCUAAGACUGUGGAUGUUAGGGAGAGAGGAGAUAAUCAUAAACAUUAAUCAAUGAAAUUAGAUGAGUUUAUAACAAAAAUUAUUUAAUUAUGAU